AUGCCGACUAUGAAGGGCAUUGCACAAGUCGUAUAUCAUGGUUUUGGGCGCGGGAUGGCAGAGGCUCUCACCGACAGCGCCCUCGCAAAUGCAGAAUUGCUGUUGAGCGUUGAAUACAAUAGCUGUGAUCUUCCCACAAAGCUGACUCAGGGCGAUGGUUCUUAUGGUGGCGGCACUGCAGGUCUCACCCUCGCUUCUCGCUUGUCGGAAGAUGCAGAUUCGUCUGUACUCGUGCUAGAAGCGGGAAAUGCGCAUCUAGACUCGGAGAAUCAUCCUCUGAUAACUCGCCCGGGGCAAUUUGGAAUGCAAAUCGGUAAUCCGGAGUAUGAUUGGGGAUUCAAAACUGUACCCCAGAAAUUUUCAGAUAACAAUGAGUAUCUAUGGAGUCGCGGUAAGGGAUUGGGCGGAACUUCAGCAAUGAACUUCUCUGUGUGGACUUUUCCUCCAAAAGAGGAUAUUGACAACUGGGAGAAACUUGGAAACCCAGGCUGGAAUUGGGCUAAUUUUGAGAAGCACACAACACGGGCAAUAACGUAUACACCUCUUGAAUCCACCACUACCGCAUUGUCUGUCGAGGCUUUCAAUGUCUGGGACGCUAACAAACCUCAUGGUGAAGGUCCUCUACAAGUCGCUCACCCUCGUGGUGUACUCGACGUGGAUAUCAAAAUGCAUCAGACUUUGUUGAACAUGGGUUUCAUCCAAUCUCGAGCUCCUUAUCAUGGCGAUAGUCAUGGAUGUUAUUUCGCUUUGAACAACGUACAUCCGACUUUGCAUUCUCGCACGUAUGCUGCUACUGCAUCACAGGAUAAUGCGUUCCAAAGACAGAAUUUAUCCGUUUUAGUCGGCGCCGAGGUUACGGUCAUCCUUUCCUCUGACUCCAAAGAUGAUGAUUUCGAGGCUUCCGGUGUCGAAUUUCUUCACAAAGCAACAAACAGAAAAUUUUGUGCUCUGUCACGAAAGGAAGUCAUUCUGUCUGCUGGAUCGCUCAAGUCCCCGCAAAUCCUUGAACUAUCAGGUAUCGGGAAACAAGAGAUUUUGUCCAGACUUGGCAUCGAUGUCAAAGUUCCUCUAGAAGGUGUGGGUGAAAACUUGCAAGAGCAUCUGUUUAUUGGUUGUACAUUCGAGCUCAAGGAAGAUUACACCGGAGAAACAUAUGAUCUUCUGCGAGAUAGCGUUCAACAGUCAGAACAUGUUGAUCUUUACUCAAAGGGUCAAGGUAUAUACAUGACCGGAAUCGUCAAUAUGGCCAGUUUUCCUCUGAAGAAAAUCGCUUCAGAUGCAGAAGCAUUAUAUGACGCGGAAAAAAUAAGAAUACACCAGGAUAUCAAAGAAGGCAGGUAUCCACCAGGAUUGGCGGAACAGUAUGAACUCCAGUUGCAAUACCAUCAACAUGAUGCCCUGGAUUGUGAAUUCGUCAGUUUAUCCGGUUCCCUCUCUGGUCCAAAUCCACCACGACCGGAGAAGAAGUAUUAUACGAUCAUCGGUUUCCUGAAUCACAAUUUCUCUCGCGGAACAAUUCAUAGCUCAUCAAGCAACCCCUACGAUCCCCCGCUGAUAGAUCCGCAUUAUUUUGAACACGAUAUAGAUCUCCAAGCGUUUAUUAACGAAGUCAAAUAUAUUCGCAAAAUUGUGAAGACAGCGCCUUUGAAAGAUGUUCUUUCAGAUGUAGAGCUAAAUCCCGGUGCAGAUAUUCAGACAGACGAGCAGAUUGCAAGCUGGUUAAAGCAGAAUUUGAGCACUGGUUGGCAUACAGUCGGUACGCUUUCAAUGCUUCCAAAGGAUCGAAAUGGUGCUGUAGACUCAAAGCUGAAAGUCUACGGAACCAAGAACAUACGCGUCGUGGAUUUGUCGGUUGUCCCUUUGCAAAUUGCCGCUCAUACCCAAGCCACUGCUUAUAUCAUAGCUGAACAAGUUGGCGUCGAUCUCUGGGUUACUAGCAUCAAGAGCAGCAACAGUGAUGUUGAACAUAUCGGCAAUGUCGAUGCAAACAUCACCAUCUUUGACGACGUAGGUUACCCCACUUGGGCAGCUUGCAGCCCCUGGAAUGCACAGAACCUGGCACAAAAGCGCACCAAGGGUCUCAGUGAUACUGAACACCUUGAACACGAGUCAACGCACCUCUCCGAUGGCAAGGUUCGUGCACCCCGAGUUGAUCGAAGGAUUGGCGGCCUCCAAAUCGCUGAUGGUGAUAUUGAACUGAGCAGCGAUGGUUUGGCAGAUGUCUCCUUGCUGGACGGUGUAGUUACUAGCGCAGGUGGAAUUUUGAGCGAAAACAUCGAGGCUCGUGUCUACAAGAUGUGA